CGCUUUGGAGGCAGGCAGGCAGGCAGGCAGGCAGGCAGGCGCGCGGCAGCAGUUUCCGAGUGCCUUGGAACCGAAACCGGCUCCGCUUUCCAGACGCGACACUUGUGGACUUUACCGCUCGGAUGGAAACACAACGCAAGUGAAGUUUGGAGGUCGAGGCGUCCCGAAAUCCGACAGCGCCAGAGCACGACGCGUCUUUCACAGGGCUGAGCCGUGGACAAGAAUGUGCACGAUGAAGGUCUUUCUGCCCCUGCUGAGCCGCCUCCUGAUCGUCCUCGCAAUUCCCGGAGCCGUCUUGUCCAGUGAAUGCCCAAAGGACUGCUCCUGUUCCACACCGGAUUCCAUCUUGUGUUUCCAGAGACGUUCCGCCGCCUUUCCUCAGAGAGUGCCAGCGGUGACAAGGAGCCUCUACCUAUUUGCGAACGGCAUCGAGGGCUUAUCCGCCCAGGACUUUGACGGUCUUGAGAACUUGGAAAUGCUUGACCUCAGCCAAAACAAACUGACAGAACUUUCUGAUGGGGUCUUCCUAUCGCUCACCUCUUUGAAAAACCUGGACUUGUCAUCGAACCAAAUAACUCACAUUUCCGAGGAAUGCUUCCAAGACAUGGUACUGCUUGAGCGGCUCUAUUUGUACAGCAACCACAUCAAGACCAUCCACCCUGCUGCGUUUAAUGGGUUGAAGAACUUGUUGGAGCUCAAAUUGCAGGGCAACAGGUUGACGUCUCUGCCUGUUCUCGCGAUGCCUCAACUGCUCCUGCUGGAUCUUCGUUUUAACGUCUUACCUACAUUAGGCCCUUCUGACCUCCAAACCCCAAAUCUCGAGUCCCUCAAACUGGGUGGUGUGGGACUAACUGACCUGAAUUCUGAGCUCAUCGGGAGCCUAAAGAAUCUCCAUGAACUGGAUGUCUCAAGAAACCAACUGGAGGUUUUGCCACCCAUCCUGAAAGAAAUUAGUGGUCUGAUUUAUCUCAACCUGGCUGGGAACCCCAUGGGGACUCUUAAGUUUCAGGAUCUGAAGAAUCUAGAAGAGUUGAAAGAGUUGGACAUUAGCAGUCUAAGUCUGCAAGGCCUCCCAGAGGAUUUUGCACAGCUAUUCCCUCACCUCAGAAAGCUGACGGUGGCAGAAAACCCCUUCAACUGCCUGUGUACCUUAGCCUGGCUGCCGGGCUGGCUCCGAGGCCAAAGCAUCGCCCUGGAGAGAACGGAGGAGACGCGCUGCCACUUCCCUCCGAUCAAUGCCGGCAAGGUAGUGGAAAGACUGGAGCAUCGUGAUUUUGGCUGCCCUACUACAACUACACAAACUAAGACCACAGUGAAAACUACAGCCGCUGUGCCUGUCACGACCUUAGAGAGCACUACUACAGCCGUUCCAGUCCCUAAGGUCAAUGAUGACAGUGCGAGCAAAGAUCCCGACUCCCUCUUUCCGCCUCUUCCUGCAUCCCCAAGCAGCAGCAGCAGCAUGGAUUCCGAUGACAAGCAACACUUCUGCCCCCCUCAAACCUGCCUGAAUGGUGGCACUUGUCAUCUGGACCAGUUCGGUCAAGUGGAGUGCACCUGUCCACGUGGCACCUCUGGAUUUUAUUGUGAAGUGGAGAGCAAUGAUCCCCCCUCGCUGCCCGAACCUGAUGUCUUCGCGACGACCGUCACGCCGCACGUGCCAGACAUCAGCUCGCGUCGGGCGACCUCCACGUCGAUCCUGCUCGAUCUCCAUCGCUUCAUAGAAAUGCGACCGUACAUCCGCGGAAUCCGCCUUACCUACCGCAAUCUCUCCGGGCCGGAUCGCAGGCCGAUGCAACUGAGCCUGCCGGCCUCGUAUCCGGAGUACAGACUCAGAGGCCUGAACCCAAACUCGACUUACACCAUAUGCGCCAGUCCACUCGGUGCCCCAAAUGGCAUCGACAGCGUUUGCACUCAGGCGCAUACUGCCGAUGAAAAAAGUGACAGCGUCGCCGGAGCUCAAAUCGUGAACAAGAAGAUGACCACCAUGUUGGUGCCUGCGAUGGCCAUCUUGCUCCUGCUUGUCCUGAUAGCGACGGCGGUGGGGGUGGUUUGCUUUGUCCGCAAGAAAAGAGCUAAUGGCCACCUGGACCUGGACCGCGAGCCCUCUCAGCUGGAGCUGGACGGCGUGAAGGCUGGCGUGGACAACGGGGCGCUGCCUCAGAAGCAGGCAGAACUCAUGUUGCCCGAACCCGCUGUUCAAAAUGGCAACCUGGAAUAUGAAGUGCUGCUACUGCAGGACCACUGCAUCUCAAGCAAAAACUUAUCGUCGCACAAGCCUUCGUACUUCUGACAUCCGGGCAGGACUAAACAAGGAUUUCCUUUCCCAAUUCCGUCCCUCACCGACUAACAGCUGUCUGACCGACGAAAGAAUAACAAUUAGUGAGCGUCGGCCAUCUUUGACUCCACGUAUGUGACAUUGAGCUCACGUUGCCGGACUGUCGAAGGCCAAGUGACGGCGGGGGACGUGCCGGAUCCUCGUCGGUGGAAAUGUUUGUUCAUUCGGGACUCUGCACUAAAUUGCUGUCACGCCGGAUUCGUUUUCCCGUAGCACACGAUCGGCAGCAGCUCAAAGUGGUUUGUGCGGAUAAGGUCGCGGAGAGGUCUUGAUUGCUUUCCUGACCGGAAAGAUGUUUUCAACCGCCACGUCCGUCCUGCUCUUCGAAACCCCUCCUGACGAAUUUGACAACGCUGAGCAGAGGAUUCGGAACGCGGGCGCGAUAAUGUAGCAAAAAUCUACGUCGAAAGCCCGCGUGCUGAAUUUGUUGGCACUAAAACAAAUGCUGGUUUUGUAAAUAACUUUUAUACUUUGUAGUCUUUUUUUGUAUCAUUUUCUACUGUGCAACAUUGUGACUGCUAACAGCCUUUUUUUUUUUUUUUUUUCCCCCCCUCCCGACACGGUCGCCUCUUACGACUAAUGGACGAAGCGACAGAUUAAAAUCUUUGAAGAUUAGAAAUUGUUUGGUACCGGCCCGCUCAAUCAAAGGGCUUUUGGCCCCCACGGUGUCAGACAGUCUAAGUCGACUUACUAAAUCUCCUUUUGCAACAUUUGGAAGUCGCAAGAGGGGGACGUAAUCGGGAUUACGAGCGGGUACACACCAAAGCGCUUGACUGAACCCCUUCUUAUUUUAGCUGCAGCUUAUUGCUCGCUUCAAUCACACCCAACGCAUAUUCAAAUUACACACACACAAAAAAAACAUUUACUUUAUUUAUUGAUUCUCCCUUUGAGGGAAAUGCAGUGUCCCCCCCCCCCCCCCCCCCCCCCCAAUUACUCCUCACGGAUAAACCAAUUUAUUGCCCAAUGAUUCAAAUUCGGCAUGACGCCGGGCAUCGUUUUGAAUCGAAUGUGAAUGCGGGUCAGAGGCAUGACGACACAAAAAUGAAUGAGGAGGGCAAGCGAGAAGUCACUGCAAGUGCGAUUAUGAGUUAUGUAUGACGUAUUAGUACAAGGGGGGCGGAUCUGUCAACGGCAGCGCUCGUGAACUGUCAAGUUCAGCCACCCCCCAACCCGACCCCCUUUCCCAUCCAUCCUUUCGAUGUGCCCCCAUGUCUCGAGUUCAUCCCAACUUCCUCUAUCAACACAUCUGUGAAUGCCCGUUACCGGCAGUAUUUCUUAGCAAAAUCGUCACGGUCGACGCUCCAAACAAAAUAACAAGAAGAAGAAGAAGAAAAAAAGUGCGGCAACUGGAAUAUAUUUCUGUAAAACAGAAUUUGUUGGAAAUGAUCACUAUUUUCGACAUGAUUGUAAAUUGAAGUUUUCCCUGUUUAUUUUGGGAAGUGCCUUGUUCAUAUUGUUGUUGUUUUUUUUAAUUAUUAUGAUGUGAACUCAUUUGUAUAAGUGGCACAAAAGCGAUAUCAUUAAAUGAAGAUGGAAAAAUAAGAUGGGCCUUUUGUGCUUUUUCUGUUGAGCUGGAUGCAAACUGUGCUGGUCAAAGAGAAGAGGGUUUAUUUCCGGCGGACUCAAUGCGCCAAAUGCUAACGCUAAAAAAUAUAAAAGCCAACAAAACACUGCCGCUCGUUGAAAGAUUCUCAAGACGACAAAGUUUCGGCCCUCCCCGGAAACGCUGCACUUUGUUCUGUCGGUUGCGGUGUGGCAGGUGGCGGGAGCACACGUCUCUAAGCCUUGCGGACUAUCAAAACGAAGAAAGAUGACAAUUACGCUACCGGGCCGUCCCUCCUGGUCCUGGCCGUCGCAGUCAAGUCCUGUGCGCGUCUUGAAUGCGCGU